AUGGAGAACUCUUCAGCAGCGUCCGCCUCCUCCGAGGCUGGGAGCAGCCGCUCCCAGGAGAUCGAGGAGCUGGAGCGCUUCAUUGACAGCUAUGUGCUGGAGUACCAGGUGCAGGGACUGCUGGCUGACAAGACGGAGGGUGAUGGCGAGAGCGAGAAGACGCAGUCCCACGUCUCCCAGUGGACGGCAGACUGCAGUGAGCACCUGGACAGCAGCUGUUCCUUCUCCCGAGGACGAACGCCCCCGCAGCAGAAUGGCAGCAAAGACACCUCUCUGGACAUGCUGGGCACAGAUAUCUGGGCUGCCAACACCUUCGAUUCCUUCAGUGGUGCCACCUGGGACCUGCAGCCUGAAAAGCUGGACUUCACCCAGUUCCACCGGAAGCUUCGACACACACCCAAGCAGUCCCUGCCACACAUCGACCGAGAAGGGUGUGGAAAAGGGAAGCUGGAAGAUGGGGAUGGAAUCAACCUGAAUGACAUCGAGAAGGUCCUUCCAGCCUGGCAGGGCUACCACCCGAUGCCCCAUGAGGUGGAGAUCGCGCACACGAAGAAGCUGUUCCGGAGGAGGAGAAAUGACCGAAGGCGGCAGCAGAGACCCCCAGGAGGGAACAAGCCCCAGCAGCACGGUGACCACCCGCCGGGCAGUGCCAAACACAACAGGGACCACCAGAAAUCCUACCAGGGGGGCUCGGCGCCCCACCCCUCAGGGAGGUCCAGCCACCACGGCUAUAGCCAGAACCGGCGCUGGCACCACAGCAACAUGGAGCAUCCUUCCGGCGACAAGGGGAAGGCAGGCGCCCACCGCAACGCCAAAGAGACCGUGCCCACGGAGAGCCCCAGACUCGAGGACGCCCUGGGGGACGCUGGGCACGGCGGCCUCGAGUCCCCCCGCAGCCCUGAUGCCCUGGCCCUGGCGGCUUCCGAGAGGCUCACCCUGCUGCAGCCGGGGUGUCCAGAGGCCGAGACAAAGCUUAAAGACAGUAUUAUUCCCGAGCGCGGCGGGGAGCGCCCCAAAAUUACCCUGCUCCAGUCUUCCAAAGACAGGCUGCGGCGAAGGCUGAAAGAAAAGGUACCGGAUGAAGUGGCCGUGGAGGCCACCAGCCCUCAGCAGAACAAGAUGGACAAGUUGAUCGAGAUUCUGAACAGCAUGCGGAACAACAGCAGUGACGUGGACGCCAAGCUCACCACCUUCAUGGAAGAGGCCCAGAACUCCACCAACUCGGAGGAGAUGCUGGGAGAGAUCGUGCGCACCAUCUACCAGAAGGCUGUGUCCGACCGCAGCUUCGCCUUCACAGCCGCCAAGCUCUGCGACAAGAUGGCACUCUUCAUGGUGGAGGGGACCAAGUUCCGCAGCCUGCUGCUCAACAUGCUUCAGAAGGACUUCACGGUGCGGGAGGAGCUGCAGCAGCAGGACGUGGAGCGCUGGCUGGGCUUCAUCACCUUCCUGUGCGAGGUCUUCGGCACCAUGCGUAGCAGCACGGGCGAGCCCUUCCGCGUGCUGGUCUGUCCCAUCUACACCUGCCUCAGGGAGCUCUUGCAAUCUCAGGAUGUGAAGGAAGAUGCCGUCCUGUGCUGCUCAAUGGAGCUGCAGAGCACAGGCCGACUGCUGGAGGAGCAGUUGCCAGAGAUGAUGGCCGAGCUCCUGGCCAGCGCCCGCGACAAGAUGCUGUGCCCCUCGGAAUCCAUGCUGACCCGGUCCCUGCUGCUGGAGGUCAUCGAGCUGCACGCCAACAGCUGGAACCCCCUGACGCCCCCCAUCACGCAGUACUACAACAGAACCAUCCAGAAACUGACCGCCUGA